AUGCACGCCUUGGUGAAUGCCUUCAUGCGCUGCGUCUCCCUCCUCUUGCCUCCCUCUUGGCUUUGUGUCAGCUCUUGCUUGUGGGUUGGGAGUGAGUGCGAAGAGACGCUGCCGCGGCCCAAUCCCAGAGCUCGUUUCAAAAGCAGAAAGCCUCUUACAUAUGAGGAAGUAGCAGCAGUAGCAGCAGCAGUAGAAGCCCAAGGAGGCUCCAGCCCGUCAGUCCUACCAGGUCCAGGCUGCGUCUCACUGGCCGCUACAAGCCCCGCUGCUCCUCAGGGCCCUCCUUCGGGUCGGAUCUGGAUCGGGGGUCUCUGGCGAGCCGUGGAGGGAGUCUUCGGAGCCCCCUGGGUCCUUCUCCGCCAUCGCUGGUGCCCGAAAAAACGUCGAGCAGCUUUACGCGCCCCGUAUCCUGCCUGUGCCUUCGAGUCGAGCAAGAUUAAAAGCUUUCAGGGAGGCGCUGCUGCUGCUGCUCCGGCCGAGGGAGGGAAGGGAGCGGGUGGAAGCACCCCGAGUUAUUCGAGGAACAUGAGCGGGUCCGCGGGGAUCCCCGAUUCGAACCCAGCGGAGUGCGCCUCAGAUGCGUCAGCGGAGCAGGGCAUCGAUGAGGUAAUCACCGUGGAUCAGCACACGCAUGAGAUGGGGACGGUGACGAUAACUGUGGCCAUACAAGCGGCGGAGGACGAGGAACCCGAGGAAGUGUCAUCCAAUAAUAUUGACUUCCUCGGAGGCAGCUGUAGUGAGGACGAAAUUGGAAGACAUGACAAAUCAAGCGGUGCCGGGACCAGCGGAGGGGAGUUGGAGGAGGAGAGCUGGCAGCCGCCGGAUCCAGAGCUCAUCCAGAAGCUGGUCGCUCAGAUCGAGUACUACCUCUCCGAUGAGAACCUGGAGCAUGACGCCUUCCUUCUCAAACAUGUCAGACGCAACAAACUCGGGUUUGUCAGCGUCAAGUUGCUCACUUCGUUCAAAAAGGUGAAACACUUGACUCGUGACUGGAGAACAACUGCUUACGCUCUGAGGCACUCAAAGAUACUUGAGCUGAACGAUGAGGGGCGUAAGGUGCGACGUAAGUCUGCGGUGCCAGUUUUUGCCAGUGAGUCCUUGCCUAGCCGCAUGCUGCUGUUAAGUGAUUUGCAGAGGUGGCCAGAGCUGGCUGCUCUCACUAAGGAUAAUGGAGGCAGUGAGGGGGGAGCCAAUCAGCAGGAGCAACUGAUGAAGCUGUUGCUGAAAGCGUUCGGAACAUACGGCGCCAUCGCCUCCGUCAGAGUCCUGAAGCCCGGGAAGGACUUGCCUGCUGACCUGAAGAGGCUGAGUGGCCGCUACACUCAGCUAGGCACUGAGGAAUGUGCCAUUGUGGAGUUCGAGGAGGUGGAGGCUGCUGUUAAAGCAAAUGAAGCUGUGGGGAGUGAGGACGGAGGGGCCAGUUUGCUGGGAUUGAAAGUAGUCCUGAUUGGCACCAAGCCACCCAAGAAGAAAGUACCCAAAGAGCGGCCGCACGAGGAGGGAGGGAUGCGCAAAAGCCGCUCGCUCAACAGCAGAGUACGAGAGCUUCAGUACCACGGGGACGACUCGGCCUGCAGCUCCUCAGACACUGAGAGCAACCCUACAUCCCCUCGGCUGGCCAGAAAGUCCCAGUCCUGUAAUAAGCUCAGCCCCACCACUGCAGGCAUCAGCUUCCAGAACAAUCACCUGAGUCCUGGCAUGUCCCCGCGUAACAGUCCCUGGUCGAGCCCCCGCGCCAGUCCCUGUCCUCAGCGCAAAUCUCCCCAAACCCACAAGUCUCCCUUAGCCAGCGAGGGCAGACUGAGCCCUGAGCCUGGGCGCCGCUGGGCAGACUACUCCUCAGACAGUAGCCUCACCCCUUCAGGGAGCCCGUGGGUUCAGCGGCGCAAGCAGGUGGCGUCGCAGGAGAGCAGUCCGGUCGGCAGCCCGAUGCUGGGUCGAAAGAUCCAGAACGCAGACGGCCUGCCACCAGGAGUCAUGAGGCUGCCACGGGGCCCCGAUGGAACCCGGGGCUUUCACUGUGUCACUGUUGGCGAGAGGGGAAAGACUGCUGCCACUCAGACUUGAUAUGUGGAGCAUCCUUAUGCAUUCCUUAUCCCCCAGAGAUAAAAAUGAUAGAUUGGAGCUGUUCUUGGCCGUGACGCUCAGCCCCCAACCCACAUUUGAGACUGUGUAGAUAUAUUUUUGUUGAGUGCAUCGGGUUUCAGUCUUUGUUAUAUUUUUAUACGAUGUUUUGAGUUACCAUGGUAACGUUAGUGAUUUACCAAUGGAAAUUUGAGUGAAUGUAAUUUGAUAUUGCUUUGGAAUGGACCAUGUCACCUCCAUUGCUGUCUAAACGUGUUCUACAUGGGGCGGGUUGGAGAGGGAAUUCCACUUUUUUUUCUUUUUUUUUUAUUGAAAAGUGUCCUCUGUAUUGUGUGUAAAAGCUCACAACAUUGUCUGUGGAUGGUGUCAAAAUGUUUAAGUGGCAUAGGCACAUGGACUUGAUAGAGAUAUCACCAUAUGCCUUUUCUGUAUUUGUCUACCGUGAGUUCCAUUUUUACAUGCUCUUUAAACUGAGGCCAUAAUCGCUCCACUGCCAUAAAGGUUGGACAGUUAAACUUGGACUUGACAUUUUUUUUAGUUUUUAUUUUUGCCUUUUUUAUUUUCAGUAUGCUUUGGCACUUAGUUGGGAGGGGUCUCUUCUAGCCCUGUAAAUGUUGAAUUUGUUCAGCAGGUAGCUGUUAAUUUAUUUUUUUAGCUUUAUUUUUUUCUUGGCAUAUCUGUUUUCCAUCAGUCAGCUCACAGUGAGGUUUGAGGGAUCAGGUCAGGCAGAAUAAAUGCUCUUACAUCUGAGCUGGGGUAUUUGUACAGUGCAAUUCCUAUUGUACAAAUAAAUCACUAAAAUUGCAAUUGGCCUGACUUUCUCUUUUGUUUGUGACACAUUUUGAGGCGGUCAGGAUGGUCUGAAACAGCCAUGAUCCGAUCUUAUUUUUUUUAUCUCAAUAUGUAAGCAACAUUGAAGUGAGAUAUUGCUGCUGUGCCAAGACUGUGGAAGCUUUUCAGACUUGGAAAGCAGAAUUGGCACACGGGUGUGUUUUUGAAAUGGACUGCACAGAUGGGAGGAUAAGAGAGUUGAUGGAUUAUAAGCUAUAUCAACCCUCCACGAGGAACAUGAAAUUGACAAAACGGAGAAGUAGACCAGUUGCACAAGUAGUUUAUUCAAAUUUCCUGUUUCUCAAGCAAUGCCAAGAAAUUAGUAUUUGCUGUUCUUUGACUUCCAUGUUUUCCUUUUACAAUGUUGAAUGUAGUGUAAAGGUUACAGUACAGUCAUUGGUGUCAAAAAUGUCUACGAAUGAUCCAGAUUGAAUUCAAACACUGUAUAUAGCACACAACCUAACUGGUUGUAAAAGUAUUUGCGUCCUCCAGUCAGUAUGUAGCAGAGGCCCCUUUUUGACAGCAGUUACAGCUUUCGUUGUCAAGUGAACAGCAAUUUUCAAGUGUUGCCACAGAUUCUUGAUUGGACUGAGGUUUGGGUUCUGAAUUGGACGGUGUUGUUUUGAAUAGAGUACAUUCCUGUCCAGCUUUGGCUUUGUUUGGGGUUGUUGUCUUGCUUGAAAAUAAAUUGUUUGCUUCAGUCCUCUUGCAGAUGCAGAUCUUCCUCUGAUUUGUCUUGCAUCAAACAAAGGGUUAAGUAUGUAUGUAAGCUCAGUUU